UUCAGUGGUAUUAUUUGAUCAUCCAAUGAUACCAAAAUAUGCAUUCGUUUAUACAUACGUAUAAUUACAUAAAUGUCCUUUAUAAUGCAUUUGCAUAUAUGUCUACGUGCAUGACAUUUCUCCCUUUAAAAUCCCUCCAUUAAACACUUGCAUCACCUGUUUGACCAAUCCAAUCAGCUCUUUUUUGCUUUAAAUCCUCUCCACCAAACAAGUCCUCAAUUUGGAUUCCAAUUUCCCAAAAUAACAGUCCCCUACAAUCUGGUAGUUUUGGGUCCCACCCUUCUGCUGUUCUGCAUCAUAUUUAUUCACAUGGUAUCAUAUGCUAAAUAACGUUACAUAUUAUAUUAAUCGUUAUUUAUCAUAUGAUUUUAAUAUAAUAUACAGAUUAAUAGAUUGUACACACUGUUCUUCUACGUAUUACAGGCUACAUUACAAAUAUUUACAAACAUCCUUCAUUUCAAUUAUCAAAAAACAAACUCUAACUUCUCUCUUUCUGUUUUUUCACGUUUCUUUGGUUUCUCCGAAUUUUGAAGAAAAAAAAGUCGACAUUUUUCUUCUAAAAAUCUACAAUUUCAGGUAAUCCGUUGUUCUCUGACACCCAGUUCCUGAAUUUGAGGGAGUAAUUCUGAAUAAUUUGUUGUUUCAGGUGCCAAAUUAAUGUAUUUUUGAUCUGAUUGAGUAAAUUGAAUUGUUGCUGAAGAAGUUAUGAGUGAACAAAAUCCUGCCACCCCCUUAAUGCCCAAUUCAAAUUCAAGAAAGCUUCCCGAUUUUAAGCAAUCUAUCAAGUUGAAAUAUGUCAAAUUGGGUUACCAUUACCUCAUUACCCAUGGAAUGUAUCUGUUCCUAUCACCUCUUAUUGUUGUCAUUGCUGCCCAACUCUCCACUUUCUCUUUGGAAGAUGUCUAUGUCCUUUGGGAGCACCUUCGCUUCAACUUAAUAUCGGUGAUUGUAUGCUCGACCUUGCUCGUUUUCUUGGCUACCCUUUAUUUCCUUACUCGCCCUAGCCCUGUGUACCUUGUGAAUUUUUCGUGUUACAAACCUGAUGAUGCUAGGAAGUGCACGAGGCAGAUUUUCAUGGAUAGGUCUCAUUCCAUUGGUACGUUUACAAAGGAAAACCUUGAGUUUCAAAGGAAGAUACUCGAAAGAUCAGGACUUGGUGAAGAUACUUACCUUCCAGAAUCUGUUCUUCUCGAUCCUCCUAAUGUGUGUAUGCAGGAGGCUAGGAAGGAAGCUGAGAUGGUGAUGUUUGGAGCCCUGGAUGAGCUGUUUGCUAAAACAAAUGUGAAACCUAAGGACAUUGGGAUACUGGUAGUGAAUUGCAGUUUGUUUAAUCCCACUCCAUCAUUGUCUGCAAUGAUUGUUAACCAUUACAAGAUGCGUGGCAACAUUGUUAGUUAUAAUCUUGGUGGAAUGGGUUGUAGCGCUGGAUUGAUUUCAAUUGAUCUUGCCAAGCAUCUUCUACAAGUCCAUCCCAAUUCUUAUGCUGUGGUCAUUAGCACGGAGAACAUAACCUUGAAUUGGUACUUUGGAAAUGAAAGAUCGAUGUUAGUUUCUAACUGUUUGUUUCGGAUGGGAGGAGCUGCAAUUCUACUCUCAAACAAGAGAUCUGAUAGAUGGCGGUCCAAGUAUCAGCUUGUUGACACUGUCCGAACCCACAAAGGUUCUGAUGAUAAAUGCUUCACUUGUGUUACCCAAGAAGAGGAUUCCCAGGGAAAAGUUGGAGUUGCUUUGUCGAAGGAUUUGAUGGCUGUUGCAGGAGAUGCCCUCAAGACUAAUAUCACUACUCUAGGCCCCUUGGUGCUUCCUGUGUCAGAACAGUUGCUUUUCUUCGCCACUCUAAUAGGAAAGAAAGUCUUGAAGAUGAAGCUAAAGCCCUACAUCCCAGAUUUCAAACUGGCUUUUGAGCAUUUCUGCAUUCAUGCUGGUGGAAGGGCUGUUCUUGACGAAUUAGAGAAGAACCUGCAGCUCUCUGAUUGGCAUAUGGAGCCUUCGAGGAUGACGCUCAAUCGAUUUGGGAAUACCUCAAGCAGCUCCCUGUGGUAUGAACUGGCUUAUUCUGAAGCUAAAGGGAGGGUUAAGAGGGGAGAUAGAAUAUGGCAGAUUGCGUUUGGUUCUGGUUUCAAGUGUAAUAGUGCAGUCUGGAGAGCUCUGAGGGGAGUGAAUCCCGAAAAAGAGCAAAACCCAUGGAUGGAUGAGAUCCAUUUGUUUCCUGUGGAUGUCCCAAAGGUAUCGUCAAUCUCAAACUGAGACAAGGUUGAUGAGCCAGCAGUUGCAGCUAAGUAUCCCUCUUAAUUGCAGGGUGCUUUGAAUGGUAGCAGAAACUAGUUUCUUUCCAUUGCUUCUUUUGCAGAUGUAACCUUUCUUCAGGGUUUCAGUAGAUGAUACAGCUGAUAUGCCUCUUGUUGGCAUGGGAAUGAUAACGAAUUCGCUUAUGAAGUAGAGAAUUUGUUAUAUACUCGAUAAGUGUCUAGAGUUGAUAAGAGAAGUAGGAAGGUGUGAUUAGGUGGAGAUUAGAAAGCCUACUAAUUUAAGUAGUGAACUAUUGAUGGAAUUAAGCUAGUAUUUCUCUUCUUGUUUCUUGGGGUAGACUGUUUUUGUGUAGUUGAUUGAUUUAAUCUAUUUUAUUUUAUCUGACCAUCCUAUUGCUUGUGAUUUCUGCCAAAGUAUAUUAAUGAUUGAAUCUUGAAUAGGUUUUGCUA